CCACACGUCUCACGGCACGACCGCGCUGACCACGGUGGUGAAAAAUCAGGAUGAGAAUGUUUCUAGCUAUGGAGAUGGAGGAGGAGUAAGGGAUUGUGCGAUGGAGAGGAUGGCGAAGCAGUUGCGCCAGUUGCACGACAAGGUUGAAGGGAGGCCAGAGAGGAGAGCUCGAGGACAUCCUUUCUCGAGAGAAAUUCUUGUGGCUCCUUUGCUAAAUAAUUUCAGGGAGACUAACUUGGUGUAUGACGGGUCAUCUGACCCGUCGAGGCAUGUGAGGACUUUUGAAAAUAUGGUUGCGUUGCAUGGAUAUUAUGAUUCUGUGUGUUGCAGGGCGUUUUUAUCGACCUUGCGUAUGAGAGCGCUUGAUUGGUUUCAUAAGUUGUCGCCUGAGUCGAUCGCGGACUUUGGGGAUUUCGCCAGUAAACUCACCAAUCAGUACUCGAGCGUGCUGGCUCAUGAGAAGACUUAUUUGACCUUGAUGGCGAUGAAGCAAGGGGAGAAUGAGUCGUUGAAGAAGUAUGUGGCUCGAUAUAAUCAAACGUGCUUGGAGGUGCACUCAGCGUCGGAUGAGAAAACGAUGAGGGAUGACAGGUGGCAAGGGAGGUCGUUGUUGUUCGAGAGACAGAGGUACCACAAUUUCACACCCUUGAGGAAAGAUAUGACAGAAGUGCUCGAGGCGAUGGAGCAGAAGAUGCCGAGAGAGGAUGUGACGUGGCCGAAGACGAGGUUUACAGGCCCGACUCGACCUAGGUCGGACAUUUAUUGUCGUUUCCAUCGGGACUAUGGCCACACCACAGAGAAUUGUAGGCGUUUGAAGGAUGAGAUUGAAAGGUUGAUUCGGGCGGGACACUUGAAGGAGUUUGUAUACCAUGAUAGGGUGAAGGGGAAAGGAAGAAGAAGAUGUCGGGAGGAUUCGAAGGAGAGAAGUGAUAGAGAUGAGGAGGGGGGCGAUAGAGAUGGUCGAGAGAAGAGAUUCAGGAGAGAUGGAGAGAAAGGAGGUCAAGGAGGCGAAACUCUCACGAAAAGAGGAACGAUUUAUAUGAUUUUAGGUGGGCCAACGAAUGGUGACUCAAAUAAUGCUAGGAAAGGACAUGCUCGAGCUAUGAAAAAAAAGAGAGAGGAGGUCGGAAUCACAGGUCACAUGCCAGUGAUAAGUUUUAAAGCGGAGGAUGCUGAAGGAGUGGUCUUACCACACAAUGAUGCUUUGGUGAUUACCGCAGAGGUUGCGGGUUUUGAUGUGAAGAGGGUGUUUAUUGAUACUGAGAGUUCGGCAGACGUGAUGUUUUAUGUCUGUUUUGUGCAGAUUAACAAAGAGCUGAGCAUGGAGCUAAAGCCAGUGGCCACGACCCUGUACGGUUUUAAUAGAGGCGAAGUAAUGCCGAUGGGCGAGAUCAGUUUGCUGGUUGCAUUGGGGUCAGGGGUCACGAGAAAGGUGCGGAUGGUAAGAUUUGUGGUCGUAGACGCAGAAUCAUCAUACAAUAUCAUUAUGGGGAGGACGAUCUUGAAUGCAUUCCAGGCGGUCGUAUCCAUGUACCACAUGACGAUCAAGUAUCCGGUGGGCGAAAACGUUGGUGAGAUCGCAGGGGAUCAGCCUACCUCGAGGAGAUUCUAUCAGACAACCGUGAGCAAUAACAAGCAAUUGGCAAGAAGGAAGGCCAAGCCGAAAGAAGAAGAAGUCGCUCAACUAGGUGGGUCGAGGUCAAACGAGGAUAGGUUGAGGAUAGAGAAGGGUAAAGAGAAGGUA